AUGGCGAGAAAAGAAACAAAUUAUAUUUUUGCGCUCGCUUCUGUUAUUUUACUUCUGUGUUGCAUCGAGGUUUCCGGAAAGCCAGCUCUAAACGGUAAGUUAGACGUUCAAGAGCCAGCACAUUCGUUACGAUUUUUGGUAACAUUUACACGGCCAUGAAGUACGAAUUUGAAUUUGUACAUCAAGUGCAUAAUUCCUCUCGCAUCAUUCAUAUAUUAAAUCGCUGGUGACCGCAGUGAGCGACACUGAGCAAAACGUCUAAAUUGUGACAUUCAUCUUCUGUUUGAAAAGGCUAGAAAUACGGAUGUACCACAUUGACCGUAACAGACGGUAUAUGAAUCUUUCUACAGUAAUUGUAAGCUCAUGUAUGGGUCUAUUUUUUCUGUCCACUCUGUUGCUCUCUUAUCGGCUACUGCUUAUAGACUCAGUAACCUGUUUCGUCUUCUCUGUGAAACUAGUUUUAGUAGAUUUUGCAAUUUUGCGUUGAAUUGUCAUUGUGAUCGGAGCGAUCACCAUUUUCAGUAGGUAAGAUUGUAAGAGGGUAACCCUAGCAACCAUAAGCUUAGUUUUUACAUUAAAACGCUUUUAGCCUAGCCUUUCCAUUAAAACGUUUUAGAGAACGGAAGGGAGAAUAGCCUAUUCGGCCUCCUUCAAACCCUUUGGGAAUCAAACUGUCCGUCCAUACAUUUAAAUUUUAGAGAACAGAAAAGGGAGAAUGGGGUAGAACAACCGAAUGGUCCUAGUGGGAGACAACCUCCGGCAAUCAAAGCUUAGUAUGUACUUCAGAUAUGAUUCCUAUAGUGUACCGAGAUAUAGAUUCUAUAGGAAUCAUGUAUGAAAUACCUACCCAAAGCUGGCGUUGCCCGGCUGACCAAAAAGCCCGACGACUCUGGGUAUGAGAUUGCUCCUCCUCCAACUCCUCCUCUUUCCUCUCGUUUCUUGUUCUCAGACUCCAUACGGUCAUAACUGUUACAAAAGGAAUUGUCUGCGGAGGAGGCAACUGUUAGCCAGUCAUUUCUUGCUAUCUUUCUCUUAGUUCUGUAAACAUGAGGAGUAAUUCUACUUAACUUAACUUUUUAUUUCUCAAAGAGGAAAACAGAAACUUGUGCGAGUCGGAACCAGAUAAAGCUGAAUGCAUCCGGGAAGUAGAAGAAGCAAAGGGGACAGAACAAGUCGACGGCGACCAUCAGCAAGGUAUGAACUGACUAUUAACGUUUCUGAUAAUGCGUUGUUAGCCUGCGUUGGGGGCGAUUUCAGUGGCGGAUCAAGACCUUCAGGUAAGGGGGGGGGGUGGUCAUCCAGAUCCUGAGAUAAGCGGGGGGGGGCAGUCUCCCCAAAAAAUUUUUUUCCGCCCUCCGGGCCUCAGUUUAGUCUAGAAAUAACGGGGGUUCCCCCGGACCCCUCCCCUGGAUCCGCCACUAGAUUUUGUUAGGGAGGGGAAGGAGAGGGACAAAUUCUUGCAAGGAUCACUUGGGCAAACAGCAACGAGGGAAAGCCGGAUCUUGGCGUAGGUCAGGAUCAGCUGAAUAUAGAAUAUUACUUAAGAUUGAAGGCAAGGUUGAUCGGACCGCUAUGGAUCGCUUAUUUACUUGCCCAAUGUUUCGACUAGACAUUGAUACUAGCCUUUGCCAGAAACUAGAAAAGUAGCCUACGUUUAGCCGUACCCUCCCUCUCUUUCCUUUUUUCCUUUGUCGGGGGGAGGGUGCGGCUACACGUAGGCUACUAGAAAAGCUAAGGAGAGGGAACCUGGAAGCGAAAGCAGGGACAAUAGGGAGCGUAAACAACAACGAUAGCGUCGUCGGUGGCGAAAACGUUUGGGAAAAAGUUAUUCACACUGUUUCAAAAUUCAUAGCUCUCAAUUCCAUGCCGUUCAAUUUGCCAGAUAAAUGGGAGAAUUUUUCUGGAGUUGAAUUCUGAAGGACUGUAUCCAAAGUUUUAAAAAGAAAGUAAGAAAGUCCUUGACUUGAGUUCGCGUCGUUAACGAAACGUGAAAUAGAGCAGUUUCACGUCGUGGUAGUGAAAUGCAAAGUUUUCUUUUUUCUUAUUAAACCUAUUGCUUUCUUUGCCGAUCUCGUUGCCGUCGUUGUUUCUUUAGCUCCCUGCUAUCAGGCUGGCGAUUAACUGAGCGUGCACAGGACCAUGGGAAGAGGUAAAAAGCAGGAGCUUCCUCAAGCUUCUCUCUUUUACUAGUAUCCAGUUCACCGCGGAUCUUAGAUUAUGGUGACUCGGAAGACGUCUCUGCGAAAAAGCGGAGCCUUACACAACACUACUACACUUACUAGAUAAUAUGUAAAAAGACCAUUGAAAAGCACUUCAAAGCCAAAGAGAGUGGAAAAUAAGCUCAACUGGUACUUUUAGCUUUCUGAGUUAUUUUCUUCUUUUUUAUUGAGUACCGAGCCCGGCGAUCAGCGCCUUGCUGAGUAGCCUGCGAGCAAGCUCUUUCGUUUUUGGGGGAGUCGCGCCUGAGAGCAGCACGCGCUACUGACUGAGUGAAUCAAACUUCAAUUUUGUAAAAGCGCUAUUCGACAAAACAAUCACAUGAUCGAAUAAAGUCAGUAACGACAAAAUUUACUGAAAUAGUUUAUGUCUCGAAACGUUUUAAUUUUAUUUUCAACUGCUUAAAAAGCCUUUAUAUCACAUUUAGAGGAGGUAGGUUCAGUCCAGCUUAUAAAACACAGUCCGCAACACAAAUAACAAAUCUUUUAAAGCUUGUGGUGUCAAGCGCUUUAAGCUCAAAAGGCGGGCUGACCAAUCUCUUUAAGGGAUUCUGAUAAAACACAGUCCGCAACACAAAUAAAGAAUCGUAAGCGCUUUAAGCUCUCUUCAAGGGAUUCUGACACCAAGCAGAUAAUGCAAAAACUUGUCGGUUGUACAGAGACAAAUUGUAAUGGAUGAUGAACUGCUUAGAUACACGUGCACGUCACGUGAUAUAAAGGGUCCUUUAUCACUCUUACUUGUCAAAUAAAUUAGAAAUAGUUCAGUUUUGAAAAAUAAAUUACAAUUCUUAGGUUUCCUUUAGGCUCAACCUCCAAUCAUCCGCUUAUUAUGGCAAAGACCUUUAAUGAAAUCAGGCUCUUCCCUUAUGCAAUUGCACAGCGAACAUUUUAAAACUUUUAGUAACGUGAAGUGGUUGCUAAGAACAUUUGUCGUAAACCAACAUCGCCUUCAGUAACAAAGAGACAACCUGCUUUUCAUAAGAAUUAAGUUUCCUAAACUAAUAUUUUGUUUAUUGCGUCCAUCGCAUUUUUGUCGGUUUUAGUCAUGUUUUAUUUCAGUCUUAGGCAUUGUCAACUUCGGUUUUUAUUCUUUUCGACGAUCGUUGUAAAAUAUCAUAUUUAUCAGUGGUUAUGUUUGAUCCUCUUAGAGGUUUCUUCAGUCACGGUGAAUAUUGUAGAUUUUUAUCUAUAACACACUUGAAUGACUACUUUUAUUAUGCUAUUUUGGAAUAUAUAUUGGAGUUUUAACUGGAUAUUGAAAUGACUCGCACAAAAAAAUCUCCAAUUUGAGCAGGGCAACGGGAAUCAGUGAAACGUCAUUGCUUUGGGCCAGUUGGCAAGCGUGAUUUUAUGAUUAAGAACUUGCGCUUUGUUUAUUUUUCUUUCCAUUAACUUAUUUCCAUUCCCAGAAAAGCGCCGUUUUCUUCCAUUUUCUCUUUAUCACUGACUGAACUUAGGAGUAAGUGGCUUAGCCAUUUCCCAUGGAUCGAAGCUUUGAUCAAUCGAACAACUGAUCUGUAUAGUCUUGUCCAGAUCGCAAUCAUGUAAAUUUGAUUUGUUGUUCUCUAAUCUGUUGCGAAAGCCACUCCAAUCCCUCGUAAAGCCCCUUCCCUUUCAGCGCGCACGUGGCCUGUAUAUACCAUCUUCUCCCUUUCAGGGUAUGCAGCCCUAACUUCUCGCUCAGUUCCGCGGUGGACAUUGCAUUGGGUAGAUCCUGUUUAUUUGCAAAGAUCAAAAGGACAGCUUCUUGUAAUUCGUCUUCGGCCAGCAGCUUAAACAGUUCAUUUUUCGCCUCAUCCACGCGAUUCCUAUCGCUGCUAUCCACAACAAAAAUAAGUCCCUGAGUUUCUUGAUAGUAAAGACGCCACAAAACGCGGAUCUUAUCCUGUCCGCCGAUAUCCCAGACCGUAAAACUGAUGUUUUUGUAUUCCACAGUCUCCACAUUAAACCCUAUUGUCGGGAUCGUGGUAAUUGGUUCAUCUAGUUUCAGCUGAUACAAGAUGGUUGUUUUUCCUGCCGCAUCUAAACCUACCAUCAAUAUACGCACUUCUUCCUUGCCAAACAAACGUUUAAACAGCCUAAUGAGGGUAUUACCCAUGAUGGUUGAAUUUUUCCUCCUGAACGGUCCGAUCAGACUUCCCUAUUUCACGCAUCAGUUAAAAAUGUGUGAUGAUCAAUAUUUCAUAAGUGACCUGCAAUGGUGCGAUUUUCUUCUCCUUAAUGCGCAUGCACCAAAUGGCAUACCUGUAAGAGAGCUUGAUUUCCUCAGCGACCCUUUUAAAACCGAUACUCACGCUGACGACACUUAUUGAUAUUAGAGGUGAUAAGCAUCACGUUUACACCAAACGGCAAACACGAAUUUGCAGCACGUGACCAAGUUCCUCCUUUACUUGUCGUUUACUGUUCAUUAUUUCUUCACGUAAAUGAUUCGUUUCACGCAAUUUCUUAUCCACAACAAUUUUUUGAGCUGUUUUUAUCUGCUUAUUUUCUAUUUUGAGAAAUUCUUAACUUGAAUUGAAUCUGACUUUUGUUGUUUGCCGAAUACGUGAAGUAUCUCUUACAGGGGCGGAUCUAGGGGGAGGGUGCAGGGGGUGCGCAACCCCCCGCCUGAGAUGACCUGCGGUUUUCUAAUACAACGGGUAUUCUGCCCAAAAAAAAAACUAUGUGGUUUAUUGGUGUUGAAGUAGAGCAAGAGACGAGUGCACCCCCUCCUAAAAAAAGCCUGGAUCCGCCCCUGUGUUAAUUAAUUUUCCAACCAGAAGCGCAUUGGUUCUUGUGUCCAGGGAAAAGUUACUCGCAGGCUACAUAGUAAUUUAAUAGGAAAUCCUCAUUUUUAAGGAAUCUUUUGUCCACGAAGUGUUUUCCUUCAGCUUACAGGGGCGGAUCUAAGGGGAGGGUGCAGGGGGUACGCACCCCCCUCCCCCCUGAGAUGACCUGCGGUUUUGCUAAUACAACUGGUAUUCUGCAAAAAAAAAAAAAAUAUAUAUAUAUAUAUGUGGUUUAUUGGUGUUGAAGUAGAGCAAGAGACGAGUGCACUCCCUCCUUAAAAAAAAUCCUGGAUCCGCCCCUGCUUAGUUGGCAGGAACUCGGCGCGAAGAUUAAACAUGGACCCGUUGCAGCUGAUUUAAAACUGACAGCUUACAUGUAGGAUAGAUAGAUCUCCUUGUCUGUUUGAAACCUUGAUUGCUAAACAAAGCCGAAUACAAAUUUACCAUUCAAUUCAAACAAGAAAGGAUAUCCUCUUUUGUUUCAAACUGUUGACUAGUUUCCUCGGAAACUGAAUUAACCAAACGUGUUUAACAAAGCAGUUAUUAAUACUAAUCUUUUGAUCGACAGGUGAUUCGCUAGUGAAUUGUGACAUCGUAAGUGUCAAAUUUACGACAUUUAUUUUAGUUUAGCCUUCGUUACUUAGUAGUCAGCUUGCCAUUAAAUGCCAUAAAAGUGUGAAAACGUGCACCGUUGUACUCGAAGAAACGUUUUUUAAUAUCCUUUUCUCCCGCCAAGUUGCUUGAGGUCAUUGAGGGACAACCAAAAUCAAACACAGGCUUAAAAGUAGUUACCGCGCUUGGAAACAUCAACUCCUGUAGCUGGACUAUCGCUUGUGCGAAACUCGAACUUGGUAACUUCUCUCAGAGGGUAUCUGCUUUUUUGGCUUACUAUGUCAUAACUUAGUAUUUGUCACUAAAAACGAUAUUAAACGUCAGAAUGAUCAGAGUCAGAAAUCGAGUUAUGUCUCGGUUCUUGUAAAGAUUCCCCUUGAAAUAGAGCUUAAUAGAUUUGGGGUUCAUAAAUUCAACUUCAUGAUCAAAUCUGUCCAGAUUCGUUAUUCUUGUAAUUAGACGACUAGCAGCUUUCCUCGAUAGGUUUUGCUUGGUUGUUUUAAUUGGGAGAAAAUGUGAUAAGUUUUUCUUUUGCCUGUAAAAUACUGCGUUUAAAUGUCUCUUAAAAUACCGUAAAACAAUAAACAAGAAGACGACGAUUCGUCGACGUUGACUCAACAAACCUGAGUAUCGAGUCAAAACAUAACGGCUGGUAACAAAUAAGUACCAAAUUUAAGAAAUAAAUAAAUCAAUAAAUAAUACUUAAUUAAAACCAUUAAAGUGUGAAAUAUAUAUAUUUUUUUAAAGAAAGAGCUUAGCACCGAUGAUAUUGGCCUGGAUGUUUUUGUGUUCUUUUAUAGAGAGCAUCUCUUAGCUAGAUGAGGCAUUCAAAAUUUCCUGAUCCUGGGCACUUUCGAAGAAUUCGAACUUGGCUCUUAUUUUUCAUUGAGAAGAAAGAAUUGCCUUAUUUUCCCUUGACACUACCAAGAAAAACUUUUAAGGAUAAUUUAGAAUUUUAUUUGUUUUACAGGUGAAGAAUCCAAUGGAGGAGAUGACGGAUACACUAUGGAGGAAUACUUAGCAAAGAUGGAUAAAGUUCGAAGAGAAUCGGAAGAAAACAGAAAAUUUUGGAAAGAAGAAUUACGCUCAAUGAACAAAUGGGAAAAAUACGGUCUUGGUUAA